AUGAACUGUCCUAAUUGCCGUGUAGAUAUGGCAUGGCUUGUCGAAAUUCUGUCACCACUGUCACCACUGUCACCAGUAUUACCACCACUACCACCACUACCACCACCACCACCACCACUACCACCACCGCCACUGCCGAAGUGCCCUAUUUGUAUGCAGCACAUAGGACUAGAUGUAGCAUGGAUACGUUGCCGUAACUGUGACAGCGCUUAUCAUCAAAAUGAGCUUGUGGAAAAUGCAACUCAAUUAAAUAGGGCACAGCAGCCGGUGUUUUGCCGCGUUUGCGAUGCAGAUAUGAGGUGGGUUCUACAGUUACCGGCAGCUCCAGCUUCUCCUAACGAUCUUGAUAUACAACCAAUUGAACUAAAUAUCGAUAUUAAUAACUUUAACUGGGAUUCACAAUCUGAAUCUGAAACAGACGCAUACUAA